GGGCACUUAACGCGCUUCAUUUUCAAGACGCGUCCAGAUUGUAUCCCAUAGUAAAGCGUACCAAGAACCUUCCACGAUAUUGCUCAUAUCGAUCGACUUUCCUAGAACCAAGGAUCCUCUCCAGAAGUCGCGCGAGGAAUACCUCAACUCGAAACCAUAAAGAUGGCACCUACAGAAGCAGAGCUCCUUGCCAAUUACCUCAUCCAGCCAUCGACUUUGACCGCUAUCGUCACACUCGAGCAGUUCAAGGCCCUGUUUCCCCGUCCGCUACAAUCCUCACCUCAGAUUCGAUCACUCUUUCGAGAUCUGCAAGCUCAACGCACAGAUCUUCUUGACCAAGUCGCCGAGAACAUCGCACAUGAAGCGAAACGAGGAAUCACAAUGCGGCGAGAAGUCGUCCGGGCUAAGCGCGAGGCAGAGCGAGAGGAUAUAGACGCCGAGAUUGAGAUGGAGCGAGCAGUAUGUUCAUUUAGUAAAACAUCAUGGUGUGAAUACUGACCAGCGCUGCUUAUAGCUAUUUGGGGACGCUUCAGGUGC